AUGGCCAUCUCAUCCCCUUUCUCCCAGGACAAGGCGACGGGGAAAGAGACUGUGCCCUACACGCCAGACAAGAGAACCUCGAAGGCGCAAGCACCGCCAACAAGUGAUCGAAUUGACCGCUCCUCGUUCUCUUCCUUCAAAGAGUCAUACUCGGGGGGCGUGGCUCAGACUUUCACAGAGUCAAAGACAAGCACUUAUCUACGGAACCAGUACUCGGCCAGCGACGAGAACGCCAUCGACGACUCAUCCAGCGGGUCAAGGACUCCCCCCGAGCUUGUUGAGGAACGACCAGAGGCCGGGCGAGGCAUGCUCACGAACCCGCAUAGUCUACUCCAUGGAUUCCUCUCUCCCUGUGACGGCUUUGUAGGAUGGAAGAGGAUCAGUGUGGGAGGCAAGAAGGCGAGCAAGAGUUUUGGAGACUUGCGAGAAGCGCUGAGAUGGUCCUGGGACGAGUCGGGGGAUGUGGUGAUGCGCAACAUAGACGUCGGCAAGGUCACGAAGUCUGAGAAUGAGCUCUGUCCUGCUGGUGAGAGCAAGCUGGAGAAGCUACCUCAAGAGUUACUCGGUGCCAUCAUCGACCGGCUGGCAGUUGACAUCCCACCCAAUGGGUUUGCAGCCAGAAACGUGGAUCUGAUGUCUCUCCUGCUCACAUCUCACAAAAUCCAUUUCGCUACCCUCGGCACUCUGUACGGUCAAGUCACGAUUCCUCACUCCCGCAUCUUCGCCAAGUUCCUGUCCAAUGUGAAGGCGCAUCCAGAUCUCGGUAUGAUCGUGCGACGAUUGGAUUUCUCGCACUUCAACCCUACUGGGGCGGGUAUCUCUGCGCGAGAACGAGCGUCGAUCCAAAAUUUGAUCCCAGAGACUCUCCUCGCUUGCCUGCAGCUAACCACCAACCUCCAAGAGUUCCUCGCUCAAGAACACAUCGAUGAUGAGCUCUCCCUAGCGGUUCUGAAGACGCUCUUUUGCGAUCUCCCAAACCUCAAGGCUCUGGAUCUCUGCGCUUGCUCGUCCCCUUCCUUUCGCAACUCCUUCCUCACCAUCGUCAAUACCAACAUCCUACCCUCCAUCCUCCCGAUCAGCCGCCUCAGCCUGCACGAAUGUACCGUCCUUCCCUCCUCAAUCUACGACACCAUCAUACCGCGCUUAACACGACUCACCCACUUGGAUGUAGCACACACCCGCAUCACCGACUCCGCACUGCACUCCAUCCCGCACACCGUGCAACUCACGCAUCUUAACCUCAGUAAAUGCUCGUUCCUGUCCGGCCCCUCCGUCGUGCACUUCCUGACCACACAUCCGGCUGCCAAGACCUUAGUGUAUCUGAACCUAGCCAUGGACGCCAAAUCGGCCGAGAUGCUGUCCAGCGCCGACCUCACCGCUCUGCUGCCCUGCCUCCCAUCCACCCUCCGCUCGUUAAACCUCAAAGGCUCGAAGAUGGGAAGUGAGCAUCUUCAUCUCCUCCUCCCUUUGAGCAAACACGUCGAAGAGCUCGGUCUAGGACGACAUCUCAAUCUCUGCCAACUCACCCGCCUGUUCGUCCCUGACGACCAGGCGUCGCUGGAGGAGCAGCUGGCGUGGAUCCCCCACUCGCUGCGCUACAUCGACGUCUCGGACUUGUCCAUCGCGCAGCUCGAUCUGGGCACGCUGUUCGGCUCCGUCUGUCCUCUGUUGAAGUCCGUUGCUGAGCCAUUGGAGGUUAUUGAGCUAUCUUCUGAAGUCCUCAAGCGCUUGGAGAAGGUGCCCGAUGUAAAGAGGGUGGGCUGGUGCAUCAAGGAGACUGGGCGACGGGGAUGGCUUGUGAGGGUUCACAGGGGCGAUGGGAUCAAGGACGAAGGUGCUCGGGAGUGGAAGUGGGGUGCUACGUUUUGGGGGAUGCGGAAGGUGCCCGUUGCACGGGCGGAGGUGGGGGGGUUGUAUGGCCAUUACAUGUUCAAGAAGACCUGA